ACUACAAAACAGGAUGCUAAAGGAUUUUAAGAAAGUAAAGGCUUCCCAGUCAAAACCAUCAGACACUCACCAUGUUGGUUCAGACGGAAAGGAAGAAGAAAAGGAUUGUGGGACAUAUAACUGCCGCGACAUUUGGUAAUGACAUCAUCUGUACGCGACAGAACAAAAGACGGAGGCUUAUGUUUAGUUUGAAGAGAUUUUAAAUGAAUGCUUGCAGGUCACUGAGUCAAGUGUGACUGAAGAGCUUUAAGAUGGCCACACAGAGAGUCCUUCCGCAAAGCAAGGAAACUCUUCUGCAGAACUACAAUAAGAGACUUAAAGAUGACAUCAGGUCAAUUCUAGACAAUUUUACAGAAAUAAUCAAAACUGCGAAGGUGGAAGAUGAGACUCAGGUUUCCAGAGCGACACAAGCUGAGCAGGACCACUAUGAAAUGCACGUGCGAGCUGCCAACAUUGUACGUGCAGGAGAGUCUCUCAUGAAGCUGGUCUCAGACCUGAAGCAGUUCCUCAUCCUAAAUGACUUUCCUUCUGUCAAUGAGGCCAUCAAUCAACGCAACCAGCAGCUGCGCACGCUGCAGGAAGAGUGCGACAAGAAGCUCAUCUCCCUGCGUGAUGAGAUUGCCAUCGACCUGUAUGAGCUCGAGGAAGAGUAUUACUCCUCCAGGUACAAAUAGACCAGUGAUCCCAAACGUGUGCAGUCACCUCUGCCUUCCCUUGCUUACCAACGCCAUAAAUGUGAUGCAUAUGUACAUCAUAAGAACAUAACACAGGGUGAUUCAUGGAGCUAAAGUUAUUUUUAACUUGCACAAUCAAUUUUAGGCUCCAGCCGGUUUUCAUUUUACUAAAAUAUCAUGUGCUAACCAUGUUGGUAUGCUAUUUGUUUGAUUACACCAUCCCAGUGUGGUCCUCCAUACACAUAGUCAUAUCAUACCAUUGUGCCUUAAUAAGAGUGUUCAUUCUUGCAGGUAAUGAGUGCAUUCACCCAGCUUGUAACAUAUUAAGAGUCACUUACAAUUUAGAUACUGUAGGCCCUUGGGUUUUAUUGCACUUGUCAUAUUAAUAACAAGCAAGACAUCAUAUCUUUUCCUGCUAUGCUUCUAAUAUGGCAAAUACACUACCAGUCAAAAGUUUUUGAACAGGAAGUAAAAACAGUAAAAUAUAUUUUUACUAUUUAAAAGAACUGAUUUCUGUUUGAAUCUGUUUUGAAAUUUAAUUUAUUCCUGUGAUUUCAAAGCUGAAUUUUCAGCAUCAUUACUCCAGUCACAUGAUCCUUCAGAAAUCAUUCUAAUAUUUUGGUUUGCUGCUCAAAAAACAUUUAUUGUAAUUAUUACAUUGAAAACAGCUGAGUAGAAUUUUUUUUCAGAUUUCUUUGAUGAAUGAAAGGUUCAGAAGAACAGCAAUUAUCUGAAAUAGAAAUCUUUUGUAACACUAUAAAUGUUUUUAUCAUCACUUUUGACCCAUUGAAAGCAUCCUUGCUAAAUAAAAGUAUUAGUUUCUUCAAUUCUUUCCCAAAAAAUAUACUGACUCUAAGCUUUUUAGUGGUAUAGUGUGUAAUGUUACAAAAGCUUUUUAUUUCAAAGAAUUCUGAAAAAAUACUCAACUGUUUUAAAUAUUGAUAAUUAUUAAUAAUAAUAAUGAAUGUUUGUUCAGCAUAUUAUAAUGAUUUCUGAAUGAUCAUGUGACACUGAAGACUGUAGUAAUGAUGCUGAAAUUUUAGCUUUGAUCACAGGAAUAAAAUACAUUUUAAAAUAUAUUCAAACAGAAAGCAGUUAUUUUAAAUUGUAAAAACAUUUCACAACAUUACUGCUUUUGCUGUAUUUUGGAUCAAACAAAUGCAAAUUUUGUUGAUCAGUUAACAAAAAAAACAUACAAAUCUUACUGUUCAAAAACUUUUGACUGGUAGUGAAUAUAAUGGAAAAUCUAUAUAUUCAUAUUGUCAUGUUCAUCCAUAUUGUAGUCACACCAAAGACAUUAUUAAGCACUUUAAGUGUAACUGGUUUUGCACGAGAAAAACCAUUUGUUAUACAAAUAUAAGUGCAUGUAAGUAACCCCCCCCCCCCUCCCCAGGUGCCUUAAACAGUUAUGUUUUGGAAGAUUUAUUUGCAGUCAGUAUGUGUAUUUAGUCUUAUUAGUGGUGCUGUUUGAAUUUAAUUUUUAUAGAGAUUAAGGGUAAAUCAAAAUCUUUAUUGCUGUUGAGAGAUUUUUAAAUAAAUUUAAGCUGUCUUUGAAGCACACCAGUAUAAACAUUAAUAGUUCUAUGUGAAGAGACACUAUGGAAAUUUUUUUAAAUAAAUUUUUACAUUUUUUAAAGAAAAAUGUACCUGCAAAUCUAAAUUUGAUAUUGGAUUAGGCACAAUAAUGUUGGAUGCCAUACUUAGUGGUGAGCUGCAAAAUGCAAAGCACUUUAGAAUUUGUAAAAAAUAAAGACUACAGGGUGCCAUAUGUAUUGUAAAAUUAUUUUAAAGAAUCAUAUUAAUUAGCUUACUGGAAGAAAAUCGUUUGUCAUGAGUUUUUCACUGUAUAUUCUCUGUUAAACGAAUUGAAGUUUGUGUAACCUGGGAAGAUAUUUUAGCUUAUAUGUGUCAUGUUCAAAAUGUAAUAUUUAUCAUUUAUGGAGUGUUUGAAAUUGCACUACACUGUGUUUCUGUGGUGACAUAUUUAGUAAAAACAGUGUUGGUCACAUUAGUACUUGUACAAAAUGUUUUUUCCACAAACCAUCUGGUCAUUUCAAAUUUCAUAAAUAAACCAGAGACAAAUAGAGUACAUUUAGUGUCUGAUUU